GUGUUUACCAUUAAUCUCCAGACACGUCGCUAUCUAGCAGAAGAUGUCCCUCACGGCCGCGCUGUGCUCACGUCGGGACACCCUCGGACGCCAGUCAGGGAUCUGAGAGGCCGCUCAGGAACUCCUUAUCUGCCUGUGGGUUCACCCCAUCCCAAACCAGGACACAGAAGUAAAGACGUCCUCCUGUCGAUACGCACAGAGGAGCAAAGGUUAACUUUCUGUCUAAUGAAUUAUGGAAUAAAGUGGGCUAAUACCAUCGACUCUCAGACUUCCAUUUCUACUUCCCCACAAACACAGAGGGUAUAUUCUUUGUGUCUGGGGGGGCGUACACCAUCGAAACACGGCAUGCACCAUAAAGUGAGCUCUAGAGAGCUGAGGUCGUCUGAUUAGCGGUCAUUGAGCGAGGGUGGGGGGGGGGGGGGGGGGACUUUGCCUUGGGCCCGUACAGAGCCUUCAGGGUCACCAGAGCGGGCAGACGCCUUGCAGCAGACAGACACCUUGCAGCUGACAGCGUCUACAGGUGAGCAGCUGACAGCGUCUACAGGGUGAGCAGCUGACAGCGUUUACAGGUGUGCAACAGUCAGACAGCGUUUACAGGUAAGCAGUCUGAGGGCUGAACCAGGCACCCUGUAGGUGUCAUGUGUUAUGGGCGUUGAUAAAGGCGUAACAGUGUGCGUAGGGGUCUUGGUUUUUCUGUACAUUUUGUGAUGAUGAUCGAUCACGUCUACUCUAAUUUGUAUCACUAUGAUGUUAUCUUUGCGAUACGACUAGUGAAUCAAUAAUCCAAUGCUCUGCCAGAUUGGGUUUGUUUGUUCUUUUUGUAGUUUAUUCAAAUCUGUUUACUCUGCUUAUCUCGUUCAGCCUUUGUGGAGUUAUGGUUCCAGGUUUAUUGUCAAGGAGGUCAAAGGUCAGCCCGGGUUAAGAUGAGCUCCGCCGGGGAAGAGCGUGUCAGCAUCGACACGUGCACCUCCACCACCACCGUGCACACGCUGGCCGGCCACCGGCCCCCCCCGCCGCCCGGCCGCCCCCCCCGCCGCCUGCGCUUCAUGAAGCGCGACGGCCGCUUCCAGGUGGUCUUCAGGGACGGGCGGGGCAGCUGGAGCCCCUACCUGCUGGACAUCUACACCACCCUGGUGGAGACGCGCUGGCGGCUGAUGCUGCUGCUCUUCUCCCUCUCCUACAUCCUGUCCUGGCUGCUGUUCGCCCUGCUCUACUGGCUGAUGGCCUACGCCCACGGGGACCUGGCCCCGCCCCCGGACGGCGGCGGCGGCGGCGGCGGGCCGUGCGUGGCGAACGUGCGCAGCUUCACGGCGGCCUUCCUCUUCUCCAUGGAGACGCAGGCCACCAUCGGCUACGGCUUCCGCGGCGUGACGGAGAACUGCCCGGCGGCGGUGGCGGCGGUGACGGUGCAGAGCCUGCUGAGCUGCCUCGUCGACACCGUGGUCAUCGGCGUGGCCGUGGCCAAGAUGGCGUCGGCCCGCCCCCGCGCGCUGACGGUGGGCUUCAGCCGCUGCGCCGUGGUCAACCUGCGGGACGGCGCCCUCUGCCUCUCCUGGCGGCUCGGCGACUUCCGGGGGAAGCGCGUCGUGGAGGGCGUGGCCCGCGCCCAGGUGGUGCGCUACGUCACCCGGCCCUCGGGGGCCGUCGAGGUCUCGUACCGGGACCUGGAGCUGCUGGACCGCGACGUGGUCCUGGCCACGCCCGCCACCGUGGUGCACCGGCUGGGCCCGGGGAGCCCGCUGUACCACUGGCGCCCGGAAGGGAAGGGGGAGGAGGUGGAGGUGUUGAGGGAGGAGGAGGAGGAGGAGGAGGAGGAGGAGGAGGAGGAGCAGGAGGAGGUGGAGGAGGGGGAGUUUGAGCUGGUGGUGUCCUUCACCUACACGGGGGACACCACCGGGACGCUGCACCAGGCGAGGACGUCCUACGCGGUGGGGGACAUCCGCUGGGGCCAGCGCUUCCAGGACAUGCUGCGCCAGGGCCCCAAGGGCCUGAGGGCGGACUACGCCCUGUUCAACCAGACCUCCUGGGUCCCGGUCCCCCGGCUCAGCGCCGAGCAGCUCCUCAGGGGGGCGGCCCCGGGGCUGACCGAGGGGCCUCGAGACCCCCGUAGGGGAACGGGGAAGACACAGAGACCCCGGGGCCCCAGACCUGACCCGGGUCAGGGCGUGGUUCAGGAGGCUCGCCUCUAGGGGGGGGGGGGGGGGGUCCUGUGUGAAUAAAGACUGAAUAAAGACCCUGUGAAUAAAGAUAAUAUACGUUAUAUUUAAGAGUAUGCAUUUCUAGGGUGUUAUUUAUGUAGUUGUGUCCCUCACCAUGAAAUGGUGAGGCUUGUUAGACAUUUAUUUUUCCUUUCUGUGGUUUUCUAUCGGGGAUUGGGUUCAUUGGGGGUGUUCUUUCAUAUAUUUCUGCGUAUAAAUAAAACGUGUAAGUAA